AUGAUGGCGGACAAUUUGCCGAAUGGAUGGGAGAAGAAAGUGAGUCGCAGUACAGGCCAGGAAUACUACUUGAACCUGUACACGAAGGAAAGUCAAUGGGAUAUGCCCACUGAACCAGCUCAGAGAAAUACAGACAAAACGGUUAAGGCAUCUCACCUACUUGUUAAACACCGUGAAUCUAGACGACCUUCAUCAUGGCGUACUGAAAAUAUUACUCGCUCCAAGGAAGAUGCUCUCAACAUUCUUCAAGGAUACAGAAGACAGAUAGAAUCAAACGAAGCCAGCUUUUCAGAACUAGCAUCACAAUUUAGUGACUGCAGCUCAGCUAAAAAAGGAGGGGACCUGGGUCCAUUUAAACGGGGUCAGAUGCAGAAACCAUUUGAAGAUGCUACCUUUUCUAUGCAGGUUGGAGAAAUGAGUGAACCUGUAUGGACUGAUUCAGGAGUGCACAUCAUCCUUCGAACAGCAUAGUGGCUACAGACUCACCAACAUUCAUGUCUGACACCAAUGGUGUUCAUUAUAGUUGGUCCAACUUUAUAAAUCAGGACUCAUUCAAUGUAGAAUCAGCCAGUUUGUGUUAGUGUUAACAAUACAAUUCCUUGUUCUUCUGCCUAUUUUAGGUGGACUAUAAAACUUCCUCUAGCAAUAUUGUUACAUAGUAUUAACACCUAAAACACCUCUCCUUUGUAUCUUUAUACAAGUGUUUAUGUUUGAACUACUUACCUUCAGUGAUCCUUGAAAAAUUAAAUAGAAACUACCAUUGAAAACAUGUCCUUUGUAACCCAACACAUUUGUUUAUUUUUAUUUGUUUUUAUUAAUUGUUUACAUUAUACAAAGGACUCCAAUUUACAGGGUUCGAAAUACUGAUUUGAUAUAUCUAAACUAAUCAGUUAAAAAGUGCUUUGUAAAACAUGAAUUUUAAUAUUACCUUUGUAUUGGAAGAGUUAUUCCCCUUUCUAUAGAGACAAUUCCAGUCAUCAAUUUGCAGAAAUUUGUAAAAUUAUUUUCUUUUCUGGUUUAUUGAUUUCAUUAUAGAAUGAAGUUUCAUAUAAAAUCUUUGAUUCACUAUGUUGAUUUCUUUGUCAAGGAUUAAGUACAACAUGCAGGCAUGCUGUUUGUUGUUUCAGUUCUUGGUAUGAUGUCUCUUGCUAGCAAAAAUUCAGAUGGAGUAUAUUGUAAAGCAAUCAUUUUGAAACGUUUAUAUCAUUAAACAGCUGUACAGAACAACA